AAGCCCUCCAACGGCAUGGCAACAUCGUCGACGUCUGGAACGACGUACUCGAUCGCACACGCCCUGACAGGUCAUGGUGGCGCGGUUCGAGCGAUUGCUGACGUCCAUGGGACUGUUGUCACGGGAGCCAUGGAUGCCACAGUGCUAUGCUGGGACGUCGUGUCCAGCGCGCCAAAACAGUCGAUCUACGAGCACUCGCACUGGGUCACGGCCAUCGUGCCGCUGGAUGCCGCGCACGAGGCAAUACUGUUGUCCGAGGGGUUUGCCACGGGUGGCAUGGACACGCAUGUGCGAAUUUUCACUCGAUCCGAUGGAUUGUAUACCUGCGUGGCAGUCCUGAAAGGACACUCCAGUGGCGUGAUCUCUCUAUCGUGGCUUCAAAACCCCACGACACCUCAAUUGCUUUCGGGCAGUUGGGACGGGACAUGUCGUGGAUGGGACAUUGCCAGCCAAACUUGUCGCUUCGUCCUGCCAGACCACGAGAACGGCGUGUGUGUUCUGGGUCUUCCCAACGGCGUCAUCGCAACAGGCUCCACGGGAAAGCAGCAAGGCAAUCAAGUCGUCGACGCUCGAAUUCGCAUGUGGCACGCUGUCUCGCCAACUGAAUAUGCCUUGACGCGCACAUUGUCGGACCACCAAGGCCCAGUGCGCCAACUGGUCCAAGUGGACGCGAUCGGGUUCGCCUCGUGCUCAAACGACGGAUCGAUCAAGCUCCGUGCGGCUGACGACGGCGCGGUCCUCGUGACGUGCCAGCACCCGCUGAAUCACGAAGGAAAGCCUGGUUUUGUGCUCGGGCUGGCGUACCUUCCCCAGAGCCAGCACUUGGUGUCGGCUAGUGAAGAUUCGACUGCUCGUGUUUGGAGCCUAGAUGGCACGUGUGUACAAACUAUCGACCAUCCCAGUGGCUUGUGGUGUGUGUCGGCGCUUGCGAACGGGGACUUUGCCACGGGUGCCGAAGACAAGAGUGUGCGUGUGUUCAGCUACCGGACGCCACGCAACGAUGCCCUCGAGACGGCCCUUGCGACUCAAGUCGCAGAGGCCCAUGUUCAAGCGGCGCGGGGUCCGAGCGCGGUGGAGGUGGAAUCGCUGCCGCCGUAUGACAUGCGAGCGAGCCAAGUGGGCAAGUCCGACGGGAUGGUCCAAAUGUUCCGGCGCGACAACGUGGCAUGGGCGUGCCAGUGGAGUGCUGUGUCGGGGACGUGGCUUGAUAUUGGUCAAGUGACGGGGACGGGCAGUGGCGGCGUCGUGGAUGGCGAGGCGUACGACAUGGUGAUUCCAGUCGAAAUCGAAACGCCGUCUGGGGUCAAGAAACUGGAAAUUGGGUACAACCAAGGACAGAACCCGUUCACGGUUGCCCAAGCCUUUAUCGACAAGCAUUUGCUGAAUCCGUCCUACUUGAAAGAGAUUGCUGACUAUAUCAGUGACCGAUCGGCCAACUACCAGCCCCCGAUAUUGGGCGAUCGCUCGACGUCGGCCAGCGGCGCACCGGCUGUGUCGCCUGCGCCUGUGGCGUCGCCAUACUUUCCUCUGAGAACGUAUGCGACGUUUGACUCGGCCAAAAUAGCCAAGCUGCUGGCGACCGUGGAGCAGUUCAAUACAUUGCAUCCGGUUUUGGAGGGCACGGAUUUGGCACAACUGGGCGCGCUGAUCACCACACUCCAACAAACGUCAUACUACCAUUCGAGCACGAUUACCAAGAGCCAGGUGGCCACCGUGUGGAAGCUCUUGGACAAAUGGCCACCCACCCACGCCUUUCCAGGUCCUCCCCACUCUUCCCAAGAGCUGGUUGAGUUGGUUGCGUUGACAAAGUCUUUCACCGCCAGUUGCAAUGGAAUCGUGGAUCCUUCAUGGCACUGACUGACGGCCUGGCAUCUUCGUAGCCCUGGAUUUGGUGCGACUAAUGCUGGUGCAUCCCAUGGGCGCAACGCACAUCACCGACACGACCGCGGUGCUGCGCCAUGCGUUUGCUCGUGAUGCGGCGGACGCAACUCGAUUUCUGGCGAUUCGAGUGCUGGUAAACUGGGCUCCCCAUGCCCCGACCAAACUUGUUGCGCAGAUCGACGUACGACCGUCCAUCGGACAUGCCACUCGGAUCGAUUUUCUCGAUGGCCGCCUUACUCGUUGUAUGUGCAGGCCGUGGCAAGUGGCAUCCACAGCUCGUGGCCACCUACUGCGUCGUGGAGUAAACCGUUGGCGCUGAGUGUUGCGACACUGUGGAUGAACGCGACGUUGGCACUGAGCACUGGCCGCGACGACGAACACUCGGCAGCUGCGAAGAUCGUGUCGACUCAGCUGGCCGAGGUGGGCUAGCCCUGUCUUUGCCUUGCUGACGUUCCACCUCUUGGCACUAGCUGCUUGGCGGCAACUUGGACGAAGAAGCUCUCGGGCGCGUGCUCGUCGCGAUUGGGUCGUUGGUACGACAUGUGCCAUUCGGUGGCGUCGAAUCGAUGGACAUGGUGUGGAUUAGGCAGUGGCGUUUCCCACGUCUGUCGCGACCAUCCCGACAAGUGUAUUGCGCGGCAAAGUCUCGUCACUUCCGCCGACUUCGGCCAUUCACGCCAUCGUGUCGGACGUACUGGCUGUGCUGGACAAACCCUGAGGUAGUCGCAUGGAGCAAGAGAGGCGUAAACCGAAGUUUGGAAUGCACAAAAGCUUUGUGUUUCUCUUUGACAACGGUGCCGUCGCUCGGCCCGAGUCGAGACAUCACUUGCUGUCACAUGCAACAUGGAUGGCGGCGACAGUGGCGUCCGCCACGUCUCUUCAAGCGUGUAGGCAUGAUUGAACAAAGCGACGGCGCACCAUUCAGGUCCCUCUCUUUGUGACCCGAGUCCGGAACAUUGGCGGGAGUGCUUCCGUCGCUCCACGGCCGAACCGCCUCGUUUUCCUCGACGGCUUCGUCCACGUCACGCACAGCCCAGCCGUAUUGGCUCGACCAAACGAC